AUGGAGGGCUGCCGUCUGCAGACGGUGGGCUGCGAAGCGUCCCUCGCGGACCUGCGGGCCGAGCUGGACAGGCGGCGCGGCACCGACGAGGAGGCCAUGCAGAGCUGCUUGUCGGGCGUGUGCCAAGAGCUCCGCGAGACGCAGAUGUCGCAGAUGCGCGCUCUGCUCGACCACGGCGAGAAGCUGGACGCGUGCGGGUCCAAGGUGCAGGAGCAGGGGUCGCGCCUCGAGGAGCUCGCGGCCACCGUGGGCGAGCUCUCACACUGCCUGGUGGACAUCGGGUCCCGGCUCCGGGAUCUGAAGGAGUGCGUCUCCGGCGGCGGGGAGGACAAAACCGAUUUUGCCGUGCUCGGGCUCCGCCUGCAGGCUCUGGAGCACCUUCUGGCCACCAAGCGAGGCCAGAGAGCGGGCGCCGAGGACGCCACAACGCCUGCCGCGGACCAGCCGCAGCAGGCCACAGCGCUGGAGGUCGACCUGGCGUCGUCCAGCGGGUGCUCGCCCACGAGGCGGCCUCCGUCGCCCGUGCAGCAGUCGCCCGCUGAGGCUGGCGAGCUGCCGCCUGGCGCACCGGCUGCGGCAGCCCCCGCAGAGGUCGCCGUCGCGCCGUCUUCCCCGCGACAGCUCGCUGGGCAGGCUGCCGAGUCUGAGCGCGCGCCGGGGGGCACGAGCGCAGCGGGCCCCUCUGGCUCGCCCGCGUCCACGAAGACGCUGACUCCGAGCCAGGCGACGCCGGCAUCCGCGGCGACGCCGUGCGCGGCAGCGGCCACGACGGCGGAGGUGCGGAUGUUGGGCCAGGACUUCGAGGUGGCAGUCGCGUCCGACGAGGCGGCCGCCGCCCGCUCGCGCACUGCCCAGCAGCCUUCAGGCGCUGGCAUCGGCGUCGUCCGCUCUCGGAGCGCGCCCCUGGGGCUGCAGGGGGGGAGCAAGCCGCAGCCCGCCGCGCAGCAGAAGGCUGUGGCCUGCCAGCCCGUGGCGCUGCCUUGGUCGCAGCGCGUCCCCACUGGGUCUUACGCGCAGGGGCAGCUGCUCGCGCGGCCCGCCCCCGCGGCCUGGCAGCACCAGGCCCCCGCCGGGACGCACCGCGCCCCGCGCGGCGGCUCGCCGGUGCCGCUCCGGAGC